AUGGCAUAUAGGUUCCUGUCAAGCCGAGUCGUGCCAUCCUCAAACAGAUUAAGCAGGAGGUUUAUUUUUAUAUUCACUAUCUCUUUGUCUUUCAUGUAUCUAUGCUACAGCAUCCUCUUCUGCUCCGGUACAAUCAUGCCUAACCAGAGAUUGGAGGAGCAGCGCUGCGUCCAUCUGAAGAACGUUGGGAGUAAAAAACUUUUACAAAAGUCACAUUAUUGCACUAUAUCAGCAAAGGCGAGAGUUAUCUCGGAUGAGACGAGGGCUGUGGGUCUCCUAAACCUUACAGGCAACCAAAGCAAACAUACAGCCUUCCAGAAAACAGAGCUGGCAGAUCACAAGCAGAGUAAUAAUAGUAAUUCGCCAAAAUAUGGGAAUAAGAAGUUGCCCAAUGCACUUAUAGUUGGGGUUAAGAAAGGAGGCACCAGGGCGGUUCUGGAGUUCAUCCGGAUUCAUCCAGAUGUUCGAGCUCUUGGGACUGAACCACAUUUCUUUGAUAGAAACUAUGACAAAGGACUGGACUGGUACAGGGGGCUUAUGCCAAGGACGCUGGACAGCCAAAUCACAAUGGAGAAAACCCCUAGUUACUUCGUGACCCGUGAGGCUCCGCGGCGCAUCUCCAACAUGUCUCGUGAAACCAAGUUAAUCGUAGUGGUGCGCAAUCCAGUCACGAGGGCCAUCUCAGAUUACACACAAACCCUCUCCAAAAAACCCGACAUCCCUUCCUUCGAAGACCUGGCCUUCAAAAACCGCAGCCAGGGCAUCGUGGACACGUCCUGGAAUGCCAUCCGCAUCGGCAUGUACAUCCUACACCUGGAGAACUGGCUCCAGUACUUCCGGCUGUCCCAGAUCCACUUUGUGAGCGGCGAGCGGCUCAUCACGGAUCCGGCCGGAGAGCUGGGCCGUGUGCAGGACUUUCUGGGCCUCAAGCGGAUCAUCACGGACAAGCACUUCUACUUCAACCGAACGAAGGGUUUCCCGUGCCUGAAGAAGCCAGAGAGCAGCAGUCAGCCGCGCUGCCUGGGCAAAUCCAAGGGCAGGACUCACGUUCAGAUCCAGCAGGACGUCAUUGAGCAGCUCAGAGAGUUUUAUAGGCCAUUCAAUGUCAAGUUUUAUGAGAUGGUGGGUCAUGACUUUAGAUGGGACUGA